AUGGCACAAGAUAAGACUGAUAAACAAAUGUCAUUUAUACAUAGAUUUAUAACUAAUUGGUUAAUAAUGGAUCCUAAUCUAAUAUCUCAAUAUACCAAUACCAAUAACCAAUCAACAACUCAACAAUUUAGAAAUUAUCAAAUUGAAAAUCAAGGACAUCUGAAUUUCAUUUAUUUUUUAGGUGGUCGAUUACAUACUAUUAAAACUAAAUAUCCAAUUAAUUUAAUCACUUUAAGUUUAAUAUUAAUACCAGGGAUAUUAUAUAUUAUAUUUGAAUUAUCAUGGCAAUGGAAGAAUUUUUCACCAAUUAUAGUAAUUAUAUUUUUAUAUAUUUGGAUAAUUUCAAUUUGUCAAUUUUUCAAAUUAUCAACUGGUGAUUCUGGGAAAUUACCGAAAAACAUUCAUCUACCGAAAAAAUUAAUAAUCAAUAAUGAUAAUGAUAAUGGGAAUAGUUAUAAAGUGAUGGAACCACCUGAUGAAUAUUUCAAUACUGUAACAUUACCCUAUUGGAAAAAGAAGAAUAAUGACAAAGCAAAAACUUUUGAUGCUUCUCAUGGAAUACAAGUGAAAUAUUGUAGUACUUGUCAUAUUUGGAGACCUUCAAGAACUAGUCAUUGUAAUACUUGUCAACAAUGUAUAUUAAAUCAUGAUCAUCAUUGUAUUUUUUUAAAUAAUUGCAUUGGUCAACGUAAUUAUAAAUUUUUCCUUUGGUUUUUAUUAUAUAUGGUUAUUGCUUGUUUAUAUUUAUUAAUCAUUUCCAUAUUACAAUUAUGUCAUUAUAAAUUUGUUUCACAACAACAACAACAACAACAACAACAACAACAGACCAAAAUAACUAAUUUCCAUCAAUCAAUCAAAACACACCCAGUAAGUUUAUUAUUAUUGAUUUAUUCAUGUUUGGCAAUUUGGUAUCCAAGUUUAUUAUUAGCAUUCCAUAUUUUUUUAACAAGUCAAAAUAUAACUACUAGAGAAUAUCUUAAUUUUGUUUAUAAAAAGAAACCAGAUUUUACAGAUUCUGGAUUUGUUAAUGUUUAUAAUACUCAUUCAAUUUGGAAGAAUUUAUAUAUUAAUUGGUUAGGUAAAUCAAUUGGAGUUAGUUUAACUUUCCCAAGAGAUGUUUAUCAACAAGGGGAUAUAAGAUUUGCCAAUAUUGAACCAUUAGGUUCAUUUAGCAAUUAA